AACUCAUAAUAAAACGACUGUCGUGUUUUGGCUGGUGUUCAGGUUAAGCGGUUGCGCCAUUUCGCAAAUUUGUUCGGAAAACCGGUUAAAUAAAGUUACUGUGUGAAAAUAUGGCGGCGCCCAUGUUGAAGGUUGCAGCCCGUGGCCUUUUGCGGGGUGUGCGCUGCCUGCGCCCGGCGCUGAGAGCCCAUUCGGCCGCCGGACCCCCGUCUCCCGGUGUCCCCGGAUCCUUGUGGCGGCUCGGAAGGCUCAACCAUGUGGCCAUCGCCGUGCCGGACCUGGAUAAGGCGGCGUCCCUGUACCGCGACGUGCUGGGCGCCCAGGUGAGCGCCGUGGUCCCCCUGCCGGAGCACGGCGUAUGCACGGUGUUCGUGGAGCUCGGCAACACCAAACUGGAGCUCCUGCACCCGCUGGGGGAGAAGAGUCCCAUCGCAGGCUUUCUGGCGAAGAACAAGUCCGGAGGGAUGCACCAUAUUUGUAUCGAGGUGGAUGACAUCGAUGCUGCCAUAGUGGACCUUAAGGGGAAGAACAUCAGAACCCUGUCAGAACAGCCUAGGAUCGGCGCUCACGGCAAACCCGUUAUGUUCCUCCACCCAAAGGACUGUGAUGGUGUGCUGGUGGAACUGGAGCAAGCCUAGAUUUUACCCAGGCCCAACACAGAUAUGUCAGCACAUUCCUGACAGGAAUACUUUGGAGUGUAUCAGACAACACUUUGCUGUGGUACACAAUAAAUUAUAUUAGAAAUUAAUGGUUGGAAUAAUCUCGGGUGAAAAGGAAUUAUUUCUUUUGGGAAAAUGUAAAAAAGUGUAAGGUAUAGAAUUAAAGUUGAAGGCAUAGAAUGUUACACAAUUCAGGUAAAAAGCAAGUUAUAAAUUGUAUUGUUCUAAAUUAUAUCUUGUAUAGCUAUGUGGAUUUAAGUGUAUAAUGUGUUAAUUUUAUAAUGUGUAUAAUUUGUUAAUUUUACUAACUAAGCUAGAAAGUGUGGAAACACUGGGACGGCAUUUUUUUUUUUGUUCUAACUACACUGUCAGAAAAAUCAGAUACGCUUGAUCAGUGUUGCACCCUUAUAGUGAAACCUUUCGGUGAUGUUACUCCUUCGGAUCUCUUGAAUAUGUGUAGCAGCCACACCAUGUAAUGAGGACAGUCAGGGCCGGUUAACCCAUUAAACCAGCCAGUUUUGCUUGCACCUAGCAAUGUGCAUUGUGGGGGAGGGGAGAGCUGCCAAAGACACUUGGUGUGGGGGGGAAAGAGCAUCACAAGUGAAGUGCUGUUACUGUUGUCUUGUCAGAAUCAAAAUUAACAUUAUCCAGUAGAUGUUAACAACGUGUGUCUUUAAGUUGGCGUUAAUCUGUAAUUUGUUGCAGUGUUUUUUGUUGGGGGUAUUGGGGCGCCAGCAGUGAACCUUGCCUAGGGUGCGAUGUGGGCUUCCUGCGGGCAGCGGGACCCCAGCGACGUUCUGCCCACCUUUAGCGACAUCGCCCAUUAUUUCAGUACUUCACUACGGAUGCAUCAGACCAAUUUCGGCAAAUAAUAGUUUAUUUAAAAGAAUUUUCUUCGGGAUAAAAGUUUUCUGAUUCUGA